CGACUCUACUACUCUGUACGAAAAUCAAUUUCUAUGAUCCAUCCAGCGAUAACUCUCCUACUUUCUCACUCCCUCUCUCUCUGCCCACUUCUCACUACUUGACUUGUGUCAGGCCUAUCCGUAGCUCAUUUGCAUACAUAUGAGUUAAAAGCAAGAGUGAGGCCACAACUGAUAUUGUUUCUGUCAUUAGUGAUCGGUACACGGAUCAUGCGCAGAGCUGUCUGCAUUCCCUGCCAGUGAAGGCAAGAGCGGGAGAGGAAGAGAGAGAUAGGGGGAGAGAAAUAUUGUGAAACGCUUCUAUCUUUGCACCAACUGUUCAGUUGAGUGUGCAUGGAUGUAUGGCAUAUGCCUCGAUCUAUCCCAAACAUGUUUGCGUUGGCAUGUUCGUGUUGAUACGUCAGGAUCAAUUCUUAAAUCGGGUGCCUGUGGGUCUCUCAUGUCAUGCACAUACGUGAUCAGAGUGGAUUCUUAGAGCUGCUUAGUUUUGCUGGUGUUGUAUUCCUUGUGUCAUGGCGUCGAGGAGUAGAUACGGACUGAUCUCUGCCUACAGUCGAUGCUAAUCUGGCAGAGAAAUGGCUUUCUCAUUCCUCAUGUUCGCCUAUGACCCUUUCCUACUUAGCCCAAAAGACUCUACUCAGGUAGAGUCCAGACUGCCCAUAUUGCAGCCAAGGAGGUCUCUCCUACCUGGACCCAAGACACACUACCCACUCCGUAACACCGACAUCAAACCACCGCACCUCGUACCAUCCACUCCUAACGUACCAUUCCGCCAUCUGGCAGUUGGACAGCGUGUUGAGACCACAGACGGACGGGUAGGUCUCCUGCACUUCAAGGGCAAGACACACUUUGCCCAGGGAUGCAUGUGUGGCAUCGAGCUUGACGAUCCCAUCGGCAAACACAACGGUUCCGUUGACGGGAUUCAUUACUUUGAAUGUCCUCAAAGAUACGGGGUGUUUGUUCCAGCACACAAGGUCCACAAUCUACCUCCCCCUUCGCCUUCAAGCCCAACAUCAACUCUUUCACACAAUUCCAGUACUAGUAUAUGCAGUAGAGAUAGCAAAGACUCUAAACCAAGCAGUAGAAUACCCACGUUAGGUUUAGCUGGUGGAAAACUCCCAAGACCAAAGACAUUACCUGUGUGCAAAGACUCCAUUUCCAAGCUGAAGUCGAAUAAGAAAAGCGGUAAGAACAUUGAUUGCGGAAGGAGCGAUACUUCUUCAGAGAAGUCCUCAACAUCCAGCAAGCUGUUUCAAUCCAAGAAAAUUAGUCCUGUACAUACCAGUAUUACCCAUUCUGGGUGGACAGGUGAAAAUAGAACUAAAGGCAAGAGGACUACAGAUACUCAGGUUAACAAACUAAAACCAAAUCAUAAUACUACUUUCACUGUGAGUGACAAUAAACGACAGUAUGCGAGGGUGACAUCACCGAAGGACAAAGCUUGUAGGAGUAGUAGUACCGAAACUAGUAGCAAGACUCUUCUUCAACGGAAACUUGCGCGCAAUAAAAAUGUGAAUAGUAAACUCAACUCCCGCCCAAGUCUGAAUGACUUAACAAGGACGUUUGAAGAAGGAGAAACAGAUGAAAAUAGACAAGACAAGCCAGACCUUGUUGAAGGUUGUUACUCUAAAUUGAACGAGACCUUUGAGUUGGACAAGGAGGUUUCAUCAUUUUUCCAGGAAUCUUGUUCAGGAAGCCUUGGCUGGGACGACUCGCAUUCGCUCAGUCCGCUUGAAGAUAGUUCCUCUGGUCGCGAAAAAUCAGAUUCUAGUUUAGCGUGGGAUUUUGAAGUUCCUCAAUCAUCAACUCCAGUGCAAAUCCAUCUCCAAGUAGGUUCAGAUAUCAGAACUUCUAUACCAGAAGAACCUAGGAUUUAUCCUCUAGGUAUCGGAGCUACUGCUCCUGCAUUCACCGUGGAUAGUCUGUCUAGCGAUACUGAAGAUGAGGAAGUGGAGUACAAUGAAUUUUUGGCAAUUCCAACAUACUUAGAUACGCCAACGGGUCGAUACAAAUUUGAUCUUUUAACACCUGAAGAACUUGAACAAGCUUUGAACGAAUAUAAUCUCUUGCCUGAGGAAUUACAGGAUGCAAUAGACUUUGAGCCUCAAUUCUCUGAUGUGAAGCCAAGGAUUUGGGAACCUAUUACAACUGUUGAAGACGAGUUUUUAAGGGAGUCGAGUAACGCCCUUUUCUCAGUUCCCUUGACUGCUGCUAUGGAUCCAGAGCUCAAGGAGAAAUAUGAGGGCAUUGGAACACCACCAGUGGAUAGCGGGGCCACCACACCACUAGGAAUAGCUUCAAAUGGAAUGGAAGUAGAUUGCUAUCCGCAAGGGGUAUUUACUACAGAUGUAAAUGGUAAACCAAGAGAGUACCCCUCUGUCUUACCAACACCAACAUCUGAUGGACAUACUGUGUGCAUGGAGAAGUAUGGGGAGCUUGUGUUAUCACAGAGUACUCUAAGUGAUGCCAAUGAUACAACUCUUGUGGACAACCCUUCUAGUAUGGACGAUGGUGUAGACCUCUCUGAGGACUUUGAAAUGGAGGUAGAUCCUCACAAUACCACGUAUGAUGUGGAUGUGGACCUUCUGGAGCAGGAGGAUGUGGAAACACCCACGUCCUCUUCUUUUGUCGUUCAAAAGUGUGCUGAGAAACGCCAAGAAGGGGAUGGUCAAGAGGUCAAGAUUGGCAUGGUCUUUGAGAGCAACAACAACAGUCAGGUGCCACUGUCCCCUCUGGAUCUCCUGGAAGGAACUCAUCAUUUAAAGACCUGUGAUGUACAGGCAGCCAUUCCAGAGACUGAUAAAUUUGGUGCCGUUGUUGUUUCAUCUGGAACCGAUGUGGAGGUAUCCCAGCAUAAGGGAACAACGAGCGGAAGAAUAGUGAUAUCAAUGCCUCAAAAGACUUGCUUUCCUGCCACUGCGAGUGAAGUGCAACACAGCAAGUUAGAGCGUAUUAUGAUGGAUACUGAGGAGGACCUCAAGUUCAGAAUGGAUGAGAUGGCAGUAGAAGCCAACAUGGCUGACCUGGAGGAGAAUAAGAGCGUGGAAUCAGAGUGCAGCAGAACAGAGAGCGACAGAGCUACAGAUAGAAGGGAUACGAAGACACAUAGUGGCCAACCUAAUGGAGAGUUACAAGCUGUCAUGGAGGUUGGUAUGUGUCUCAUGUCCCAUACUGAAUCUGCUCUCACAAAUGAUGUCAGGAGUGGGAUGAAGAGUCCCAGUCAGCACUCUAAAGAAGAGGAGAAGAAAGAUGAUGAAAAACCAAAUGGUGUUGCCAAGAGAAAAUCUUUGCUGCUUACUCCGAAGAAGGUCUCCAAGAAUAUCACUUCGCACUCCAGCCAUUUCCAAGUCACGUUAAGUAGACCAAAGACCGGAGCACCAACGACGUCCAACACGGCCAAACCUCCACCUGCUCAGACCCAAGGUGAGAAGGACAACAAGAAGAGCUAUACGCCAUCAUCCUGGAGGAACGAGAGUAAUGGAUCUACUAAGACUGGUGUCAUUCCUAGGAGGAGAUCUGCAGAGAACCGACAGGCAGGUCGGUUGAACGACAAGAACCACCCAGGGCGAUACUCAGCUGAUGCUGCUCACCUGGUCCAAAAGCUACAGCCCAUCUUGGACAUCAAGGAGAGCAGGAGAGCAGAGAGCACCUCAUCAAUGGAGGUGGAUCCUGGAAGCAUCACUUCAUCUAAUCGGAGUAUGAGGUCAGAGGUCACUGCUAGCAGUACAACGUCAAAGUUGAGCUCAAAGAAUGCUCAGAAUGGCAAACCUAACAAGAAGACAGCAUUGUCCUCGAGGAACUCCUCUGAAACCAAGAGACAUGAGCGUAAGCCUAGCUCCUCCAGCAUGGCGUCGGACCACUCACAGAGAACUGAGUCCAGGAACUCCAUCUCCUCUAGACCAAGCUCCAAUAGUUCCAGAGAAGCGAGAAAUGCUCGACGCAAUCGCGCAACAGUCGGUUCCAACUCGUCCGGUAGAAAUGUGACCGCCACCACCACCACCACCAAGCCUGCUACGUCAAGUACCUCUUCACGCAGUCGACAGAGUGGCACCACAACCAGUGAAAGAACUACCAAGUCUGCAUCAAAGACUAGUCAAGAUACUACUCAUGUAGAUGCAGCCCCCACAAGAAAGAUUGCUGUUCCAUCCAAGAAGUCUUCUGAUCAUCAAGGCAAGAAGGCAUCCACUUCUCAAAAAGAUCCCCAUCAAGACAAACAUGGCUACAAGCCCAAGACGACAGCCCACACCCUGCAUGCAUCGCCUCCAGAUCUGGUCUACACCUCCCUAGUCAACGGUGAAGCAUCGCAGGAGAUCAAACGCCUUGAAUCGCUAUGUGAGACAAGGUUUCUUCAACUCUCCAAAGCCAAAGAACAACUCCAAGAAGCUACUAAAGGUUUCGAUGCCAUGGCGACCAUUGUCAGCUACCUUUCACAUGAGGUUGAUGGCUUCUCUGCACCUAAUCUCAAAGCUACCAAUGAAAAGUUGCAGAACCAGGUCACAAUGUCGACAAUUAAAACGGCUCAACAAGAAGCAGAGAUCUGUCAUCUCCAGGAGGAGCUCAACAUGGAGACACACACCCAUGAGGAGGAGACAAGGAGAACAGAGCUCCUUCACAUAGAGGAGAUCGAAAACCUCAAUGAAACACUCCGAGCCAAACAUAGCAGAGACAUCCAAUCAAUGGCUACUGAACACACACAAGAAAUCAGGAAACUAGCUGAUGGACAUCAACAAGAGAUGUGUGACAUGACAGCGAGUCAUCAAAGCCUAGUGCAUGACAUUGAGGACCAACACGCAGAGCAUGUGACUCAGAUCAAUCAGGAUCACAUGGAUCAUAUGGAGGAGGUGAUCAGAGGGAAAGACCAGGAGAUAGAGGCUCUCAAGAGGGAUGCAGAGGAGAGAAUCAGAGAACUUCAGGAUGAGGUAUUCAAGUGGAAAUACCAGUGUGACUGUCAGACGACGAGAACACAGGAGCUGGAGGAAGCCUUGAGGAAGGAUGAUAACGCCAAAGUUCAGGCGGCCAUCUCUCAGUACAAGCACCUACCAGAUGAGGUAGCCAGUAUGAAAGCUGUCAUGGAGAUCAAGAAUCAAGAGAUACAUGAACUCAGGAUAGCUAAGAUGGCUCUACAAAAAGAGCAUGAUCUGAUAGAGAGAAAAGAUGAGAAGAUUAAAAACUUGACCGCCAAGGUGGAAGACGUCCAGGCACUCAUGCAAAGAAAGACAGAAUAUGAGAGGCAUCUUUCAACAGAGCAUGUAACCCUGCGAGCUUCAUACGAGCGUGAGAGUAGCGUUAAUAAGAGACUAUCCAUGGAGAACGAGGAGUUGAUGUGGAAAUUAAACCAAGGUGAUAACUUUUCACCCCCUCCCCAGUUCAAAGCAACCUCUACCCCUUCCCCGUCCCCGUCACCUACUGGCGCACGGAAAGGCUUCUCGCGAUCAAGCUCCAUGGAGAGCCAUGAAAGCGGCGUAUUCUCACCCAACCAUCCGCAUUAAUCACGACGAUGAAGUACAAGGAUGGGCUCGCAUGGGUCUAACAGCGCGGUGUAACCAUGGACCAUCGGCAGCAAUUUUUCAAUGAAGUACAUUGGUCUAUACCGAUAUGGCAUAAAUGAAGAUGUCUUGAUUGUAUACCCAAAUCAUCAUCAUUUGGAUGACUGAGGGCUCCCCAAUUCAGACCACUCAACACUUUCCCUCCAUCUUGCAAUAUUCUGAAGAAUCAGAGGAUAGUAUUGUAGAUAGGAUUAUGUCCAAGAUUCUACAAUGCUUAUUGUUAAAGUUAUUUGUUGCAAUAUUUCAGGAGAGGAUAAAAAUAAGUGAAAUAAGAAUGCUACAAAGUGGCACAUUAUAAACAAAUAUUGAUUUGUAAAAAAAAAACAUGCAUCCAAGCUGUGCAAAUAUCAUUUGAAACAGGGAUUGAUGCAUGUAUGGAAGGUUAUACAGUAAGCAAAGAAUUUCAAGCAAAGAAGAUCAUGCCAAUUUUAUCAUAUGUCGAUCAUUACAACAUCAAACAGUAGGUUAUAAUCUAAAUUCAAACUCAUUGUAAUUAAUAGUAUAGAGUGUUGUACCGGUAUCUAUGGCAGUAGUAACUGAUCUGUUUAUUGGCAAACAUUUCAUUUCAUAAACAGUAAUGAAAAUACUGGGUCAGAAUUUCUGUAAAAAUACUUAAUUGUCAGAAGUCUCCUAAAAAAGUAUGUUUCUGAAAAGAUCUAGUGAUACAAGUUGUGUAAUGAAAUAAACUUUUCUUGUCAAAGUUAAGAGCUUUAACAGUAAUAAACUCAAGAGUGCAAAUACCUUUCUGUAUUCUCUCAGUUUCCAUGAUAUGACUGUAAGCCAAUUGGAUGUUGAAUAUGUGAAGCAAAGUCAACUCAAGGGAUAUUGAAAUAAUGAAUAUCAUUUUAAAAAGAUGAAUAAAAGAGAAAGAGAUUACACUGUACUUAAAAACUGAUGUAGUAGCCUUUGUUGUAAUGAUGAAACAUCAUAUAGUAUGCUUCUUUUGGAAUUGGACAUAAUCUUUAAUAGCUGAAGGAUCUUUGCUACUCUCUUCCAUCUCUAGUUCUCACUCAUGCCUCAUUAUUAAUUACACAUGCCAUGGUUUGACAUGAUUUGUUUAGACUCCAGCUUUGGACAUUUUAUCAUGAUAUUAUUCAGCAUGAUAUCACACAUAUAUUUCAUUUAUUUAGUGAAAGAAACCAAAUUUUAUCCCAAUAAGUAUCGCCCUUGCAUGCUAAUUUUAUGUCAUCACAAAGAUUGCUUUGCCAAAUUUUUCUUGUGUUGUUUUGGAGUUUCAAUGAUUAUUUCAAGUAUUUACAAAAGUGGAACAUGUGCUAAACUUUGUUUUAGGAUGGAAAUAGUCUUUUUCUUUCUUCGGUGUGCCAUUUAUAUUUCUCUUGGGUGCCAAAGACAAAGAUAUAUUGCCUUUAUUUGAAAAUCAAAUGCUUUUUUUUUGUUUUGGAAUGUUAGUAAGUGGUUCUAUGAUAUUUCAUUUGUUCAUCUUUAUGAGGUGAAAGAAAUGGUUGCCAUGCCAGUUAUUAAACCUAGAUGUCAUUGAAGAUCUCUGAAUUUCUUAAUGUAUGUUGUGAGGUGUAGAUGUGAGGAAGAGGUCAAUAAUGAACUCAUCACACAUUCAUAAGUGAAGAGUUCUAGCUGUAGUCCAUGGUGUAACAAUUGUGUGUUGGUUUUGAAGGGGUUUAAUUGAUUGUUUUCCAUCAGAGUGUGACCUUUGACCUUUGUAUCCUCUCCCACCCUGUAUCUCUCUCAAAACAAGAUGAAUAUUUCUGAUUGUAAAUAAAAUGUUUAUUUGUGUAAUUAUAAUAUUCUAUUGAUUAUUUUCCUUUAUUUUUAAAUUUUCUAUCAAAUUUAUGCUCUCUGUAAUUACCUCAUGAAAGAUCUGUAUAUCAAGCUUUGUGUAAAUGAUGUGUUAUUUCAUAGUUAAAUUAUUCCUAUCUAGUUUGUAGAUCAUGGACAAUGCACCUUAUCAAAUCUAAGAUCUGGAUGACUACUACUUCUCCUAACAAUCAGAAUUUUUGUUAUAUGUAAUUGUUGUCAUGUCAAGGGUAAGCUAUGUACAAACAUACGCAUCUGAAACCCUUUGAUUUUGCUGUUAAAACUGGAUAAACUGGAUUAAUAGUAUCAUGUUUUAUUUGCUGAAACACCUGAUCAUGGCUGCUCAGCCAGGGGGUAAUGGUAGUAUUCACUGCUUUGUUUCUUAGGGAAACAGCACUGUACAAAUCAACUAAUGAACUGUAUUUUCAUAUAUCAGCUAAAUCAGAGUUAAUUUGUGAUUUUGACUGAUAAUACUGAGAUACCAUAAUUUAAUUUAAAACAAUAUGAAUACUAAUUGUGGAGCACCAUGUUGUGUGUCAACUCUGACAGACAUGAGCGCAAUGACAAAAACCCACUAUUAAUGUUUCAGGAAUUACGAUCAUUGUAUAUGGUUAUGAUAUAUAUAUAUAUAUAUAUAUAUAUAUAUAUAUAUAAAUAAAUGAAGACUAAUGCUCAGGAGUAUCCAAGAUAAUGGGGAAACAAUGAAUAAGAAAAAGAAAUUUUCAUAUAUUUUUAAUGGAGAGUUGUUGCUGCAGAUGUCUAGCUUUAGUAGGGUGCAUUGUUCAUGAACUACAUUUUUGUCUAUCUUAGGGAAAUUAGGGACCAAUCGUGAAGACUGGUUGCUUAUCCCUUCUUACUGCUUUAAUUGGUGCUACUCUAUCAAGUGUUAGAUUGGUGAUGGGAUUUCAUUACAUUGUAUCUGUAAAAUCAUACACAGCACACAGCACCACAAUCUUCUUCAGUUGUACACUUCAAAAUAGUAUUCAGGAUUGAUGAUGAUGUUUUUUUGUUACCUAGGUUAUAUCAUGAUAGUUUCCUUCACAUAGAUACUCUCUUUCUUUGUGUCUUCAUUUCUUCUCAUUCUCACCUUCCCAUCUCAAUUUGUAUUUCUUAUCUUUUUAUAUUAUCAAUAAAUUUUAUUUAAUGUAGAGUUUCAUUGCUUCAUUUUUUAAUAAAUUAUUGAAAAUGUGAAUAAUCUCAUUUUCUCAUUUUACCUUAUAUUUGGUCAGUUCUUGGAUAGUGAGUUAAUUUUAUGAUUUAUUCAUAAAACAUAGGAAGCAGAACUUUGAAAAUGAGUUAUGUGAAAUUACUGGAGCAAAUAAAUGAACAUAUCAGUACAUUUGAUUACCAUUUAUGACUUGUCUGACAAUAUCUGUAGAGGCAUUUUUAUAUGAAUUAAUUAAUCUGUUCAAUUGAACCCCCUAAUGCGAGGGUAUGAAGUAUAGACUGUAGAUAUCAUAAAGAUGUUUGAACUAGAUGUGUAGAAUAUCAGACAAAAUGCAUUCUCUACAUUCCAAACAAAUAUGGUAGUGAUAGUUCAUUUUGAUAGGAAUGUUUUUAUUUGAUACUAAACUAGGAAACGGCUAACAUCGUUUGGACCUUAGACGAAAUAUCAACCGUAUUUAUUUCUUUAAGCAUAUACUCUUUAUUCUGUAUGUCCCAGUCAGUCAUGCCUAGUCAUUCCUUAUCACUACAUUGUAGACAUUUACUGUAUUUGUUAAUUAAAUUUGUUAUGUCAUGUUAUCAGUAUAAUUAGUAACAUAAUUAGUCAACACGAAGCUAUAAUGGUUUUAGUGAUUAAUUAAUAGAAGCCAGGAACGAAAGAGGCAUUUAUGAGUCUCUUUACUUUCCUGGACAUUUUUUAUCUUUGCAAAAGAAAGAAAAUAUUGAUAAUGGACUGUAACUGUCAAUACAGAUUUUCUUGAAUAGUUUUUGAAGUCAAAUAGGUUUGCAAUGAAUUAUAACAAGUUAGGAGUAAUAGAAAGGCAAGGAUAUGAACAAGAAACUAUAUACACUCUUUCUAUUUCCAUUUCCAACUCUAGGAUUAAGUUUUAGUAAGGAAAAUUCCUUUAUAGCAAUGAGUAGACGUGUCUGUAAGCUCCCUGUACAAGGCAACAGUUUGUAUGUUGCAUGAUGCUCGCUCUGUAGGUUGCAUCUGUUUUUGUAUACAGUUUUGAAGUGUUCUGUCAUUGUUUGUUUCUGUAUGCUUUUAUCUUUCUCUCAUUCGUUUCCCUUUAUAGCUCCUUCAUUUCUCUACAAAAUAAUUAUCUCAUUUCAUCAUGCUUUUUGUCAGAUUUCUCAAUUUUUAGCAAAUUGAUUUCUAUCUGUGAGUGUCUUUCAUGUUUAAUAAAGAUAUCUAAUUUGCGUCUUCUAUAAAAGCAUUAAUGACUUCAUGUCACAUUGUGCAAAUUAAUUGUUCAGCAUUUUUUCAUCAUUGCUUCUUAUGUAUUAUUUUACUUUAACACCAUACCAAUUUAUCAUUAAUAACUUUCAUAAUAGACAUUAAAUCUGUUUUGAUAGAGGAGACUGAAGAAAAUGUUUCAAUCUGAAUGUCAUCAAAUAAACAUUUUAUGUGUUUGAGAUUGUACUUGAUGUAGAUGGAAUCAAAUUGCUGCAGUCAUAUUAAAAUAAUAUUAAAGCAAUAUCAGUGAAAUUGAACUACAAAUCAGAAUAUUUGAUCACUGUUUUUCUUCUGAUAGAUGAAAUUACAAAGGUUUUAGUGAAUACAUGGCUUAUCAAUUCAUCUGUGAUCAUGCUGGUGUACAUACAUGUUAUCAAAGCACAGUGACUCUUUUCUUAAUAAUGACACUUAAUGGUGUGUGAAAUAAAUUUUUAAAGCAGCAUUCAUUACAAACAGAUAAAUGAAAGAGAACAUGAUUUGUGUACUUUCAUCUGUUCAUCGCAACUGUCUACUGCAAUCUGGUCGUGUGCUCGUCAAAAUAAAAUGUGUCGCUUUCUCGUGAUGUGAAAACUAGAAAUUACUUGUAGGAAUGUAUAGAAUAAUGUGCACAUUUUGAAUGUUACCAUGGAUAUUGUUGAAAUCCUAUUGCUUUCGAUCUGGUGUAUUUAUAUAUUGUGACUGUACAGUAUGAAUAAUGCCAAUAUUAUAAUAUUUAAAAACAGAUAAAAUAUUUAUUGCAGCUUCUGUGUAAUACAUGCUUGUCUUGUUAAAAAGGGAAAGAAAUAUUUCAAAUGAAGCUUGAAGCUUCCUGAUAUGCGUAUCGGACAGAAUAAUCAUGAACACAUCUUUUUAUGUAGCUGUAAAUUUGUCGUUUACCCUGAAUAUUUGGUUGUUUUUAAGAGAAAAUGGGAAAUGUGUAUUUCAUGUAUAUCUUCAAAAUAUUUGCAUGAUUUAUUUCAGGUGUACAAUAAAAGUUUUUGUUUAUAUCUAAAA